AUGAAAGGCAAAGCAUUGGGUGUCUUUAAAUCCAAGCUUUUCAAGCCAUGCAAAAAACUAUUAUUUUUCUUCAGAUUUAAACCCAAGAAGCCUGUGUUUAUAAGAGCUCUUAAAUCCCGUGUUCACAAGUCCAAAUUCCCAAAGGCCUUCCCAACAAAACCAAUGUCUUCUUUUUUAUCAUUGUUUCGUUCCCCAAAGAAAUCUAAAGACAUGGAAACGGUGGAUAUAUUACAAGACCUUAGGAGUCCCUCCAAGGUGCAUGAAACUCCAAUCUUUCCAUCACCACUUACCCCUGCUUAUGGAAAGGCUCAUGAUGUAGACAAAAGGGAAGCUUUGAACCAAGACGUGGAAGAUGCAUGCAGGAGUUUUGAGAACUAUUUGGUGGAGAUGAUUGUAGAAGAAGGGAAGACAAGGGACUUGUUGGACGUGGAAGAACUUCUAUAUUGCUGGAAGAAUCUUAAGUGCCCUGUCUUCAUUGAUUUAGUUUCUAGAUUUUAUGGAGAGCUCUGCAAGGACUUGUUUUCUUCACAUAGCGAGGACCAAGAAUGCUCCAAGUGA